AUGGCUGAAGUUCGUCCUCCAAUUGUUGAAGAUGAGAAAUCCCGGCAGUUGAUGUUAUACCGCCGAAAGCUAAAUGAAUAUCGGGAAAUUGAGGCCAAACUCAAGGAGCUCCGAAGAAAGGUUUGUCGAUUUUUUGCGGGUAAUUUUUGUUUAGGAGCAAGAAAUGCAAAAGGAGCAUGAGAAGUCGGAGAACGACAUCAAGAGUCUUCAAUCUGUCGGGCAGAUCGUUGGUGAGGUUCUAAAACAAUUGACGGAAGAAAAGUUCAUUGUAAAAGCCACCAAUGGGCCUCGAUACGUUGUUGGUUGCCGUCGGUCGAUAAACAAGGAGCUGCUUAAACAGGUAGAUUGGAAUCUUAUCGUUUGCUCAUUCAUAUUGUUUAAUGUGAGUAAUAUUCUUUUUGUUUUUCAGGGUACUCGGGUUGCUUUGGAUAUGACUACAUUAACUAUCAUGAGACAACUUCCAAGAGAAGUCGAUCCCCUCGUGUACAAGAUGAGUCAUGAGGAUCCUGGAAACAUUUCGUAUGCCGAGGUUGGGGGUUUAGCCGAGCAAAUUAGAGAGUUACGCGAAGUUGUCGAACUUCCACUUCUUAAUCCCGAGCUGUUCAAGAGAGUGGGAAUCACUCCUCCAAAGGGAUGUCUUCUGUAUGGACCUCCGGGUACUGGAAAGACAUUGUUGGCUCGGUGAGUUUUACUAUCUCUAAUUUCAACUGUUUUAUUUUGGUGCCGUCGCAUCUCAACUGGAUUGCAACUUCUUGAAGGUUGUUUCCUCAGCUAUUGUGGACAAGUAUAUUGGAGAAUCGGCUCGAAUGAUCCGUGAGAUGUUUAACUAUGCCCGUGAUCAUCAACCUUGUAUUAUAUUCAUGGAUGAAAUCGAUGCCAUUGGAGGCCGACGUUUCAGUGAAGGAACUUCAGCCGAUCGGGAGAUUCAAAGAACUUUAAUGGAGUUGUUGAACCAAAUGGACGGAUUUGACUCUCUGGGGAAGGUCAAGAUUAUUAUGGCUACGAAUCGUCCUGAUACUUUGGAUCCCGCUCUGCUUCGUCCUGGCCGUCUGGAUCGAAAGAUUGAGAUCGGUCUCCCUAAUGAGCAGAGUCGUCUCGAGGUCCUCAAGAUCCACGCUUCCAGAAUUACAAAACAUGGAGAGAUUGAUUACGAAUCGGUUGUGAAGCUUUCCGAGGGUUUCUCCGGUGCCGAUCUCCGAAAUGUCUGUACGGAAGCAGGUGAGAUUCAAAUAUCAAAAUGCUUUAUUUCCUUCCUUAGGUCUCUUUGCCAUCCGAGCUGAGAGAGAAUAUGUGAUCGACGAAGACUUCAUGAAGGCCGUCCGUAAAGUCAGUGAUGCCAAAAAAUUGGAGACCAAGCUCGACUAUAAGCCCGUGUAA